AUGAACUAUAAAUCACUGAAUCGCAAUGCACCUCAACGUCCUCAACCGAUAAGACCUCCCCAGCGACCAACGACUUUUCAGCAAGCACGGCCAACUUCUGCUCUUGCGCUCCCUCCAAUCACCCCCCAGAGCCUGGCACAGGCAACCCAGCAGCCUGUACAAGCUCCUCAGACCUCUAUCGCGCUCCCUCCGCUCGCCCUUCCUCCUCAUCCCAGUCAGCAACCGUCUCAGCCGGCGUCAGCGGCAACCGCGGCGGCUCCAGCCCAGGAGCCCCAACAGCAGCAGCAACCUCAGCAGCAGCUUGCUCCUGGUCAAGAAUUGUCGUUAGAACAGCAGUAUAUUACCAAUGUAGAAGGAAUCGUGCCCAUCCUCCAAAAUAUUGUAGCAACUGUCAACCUUGGAACUCGUCUCGAUCUGAAAACUAUAGCUAUGCACGCCCGUAAUGCAGAGUACAACCCAAAGCGUUUUGCCGCUGUAAUCAUGCGUAUCCGCGAGCCCAAGACGACGGCGCUCAUCUUCGCGUCUGGCAAGAUGGUCGUCACUGGCGCCAAAUCCGAGGACGACUCGAGGCUUGCGUCGCGCAAAUACGCUCGAAUUAUUCAAAAGCUUGGUUUUGAUGCAAAAUUUACCGAGUUCAAGAUUCAAAACAUUGUGGGCUCAUGCGACGUCAAGUUUCCGAUCCGCUUAGAGGGUCUUCAUUAUGGUCACGGAAAGUUCUCGAGCUAUGAGCCAGAGCUCUUCCCGGGUCUUAUCUACAGGAUGAUCAAGCCCAAGGUCGUCUUGCUCAUCUUUGUAUCCGGGAAGAUUGUUUUGACUGGCGCAAAGGUUCGAGAGGAGAUUUAUACGGCGUUUAACGUCAUAUACCCUGUGUUGCGCGAAUUCAAAAAGCCUUAA